GCGCCCCGCAUCGCUUCGCUCUCGCCGCUUCAAAACUCGCGCCGCCGCCGCCGCCGUCUCCGCCCGUGUUGUUGUGCACCGCGUAAUUAAGUGAUUGUGCGCUUGUGUGACGGUGUGUGUGUGUGACGGUGCGUCUGUGCGGAGCCCUCCCGGUCCUCCCCGCUGUGUCAUUGUACGCAAAUGAGCCGCUGCGACCGGGCGGGGUCCUGUCCUCUGCUCCGUCCGACAGUCUCUGCUGUGCGCGAGUCGGACGCCGGCGCCGAGGGCUCGUCGUCGUCGCCGCUGAGGACGGCGAAGACGCCCUUCUUGUGGGAGUGCAGCGUCAGCAGCCCAUGAGCCCCCGGGCGUGCUGACCGGCUGCGGCUGCGUCCUCCCACUCGCUGCCGCUCCCACAAUGAAAAUGGUGUUGUCACAACGUCAGCGCGAGGAGCUAAACAAGGCAGUGGCUGACUAUUUGAGCAGCAAUGGCUACAUGGAGGCUCUUGAGGCCUUCAAACGCGAUGCCGACAUGCCUGGAGAAGUGGAACGAAAGUAUGGGGGACUCCUGGAGAAGAAGUGGACCUCCGUCAUUCGGCUCCAGAAGAAAGUCAUGGAGCUGGAGUCCAAACUUUCGGAGGCCGAGAAGGAGUUCAUAGAGGGGGCUCCGACUAGAGGGAAGCGUUCACCUGCCGAAUGGAUACCUCGCCCUCCAGAGAAGCACUGUCUAACCGGCCACAGGGCCCCUGUUACCAAGGUCAUUUUUCAUCCGGUGUUUAGCCUCAUGGUCUCAGCCAGUGAAGAUGCCACCCUCAAAGUGUGGGACUUUGAAACCGGAGAGUACGAGCGCACCCUCAAAGGACACACAGACUCUGUUCAGGACAUUGCGUUCGACCAAACGGGCAAGCUCCUGGUGUCCUGCAGUGCAGACAUGUCUAUCAAAUUGUGGGACUUCCAGCAAUCGUAUGCCUGCCUCAAGACGAUGCAUGGCCACGACCAUAACGUGUCCAGUGUCACCUUCAUGCCUGGCGGCGAUUUUAUAGUGUCAUCAUCAAGAGACAAGACCAUCAAAAUGUGGGAGGUGGCAAAUGGGUAUUGUGUGAAGACUUUCACUGGUCACAGGGAGUGGGUGCGACUUGUGCGAGUUUAUCAGGAUGGCUCUCUAAUAGCCUCUUGUUCAAAUGACCAGACUGUCAGAGUUUGGGCUGUGUCGACCAAGGAAUGUAAAGUUGAAUUGAGAGACCAUGACCAUGUAGUUGAAUGCAUUGCCUGGGCCCCAGAAUCUUCUCAUUCAGCAAUCAAUGAGGCUGCUGGUGCAGAUAACAAGAAAGGGGCCUAUCAAGGUCCAUUCCUGGCUUCUGGAUCACGUGAUAAAACAAUCAAGCUGUGGGAUGUGAGCACUGGUGUUUGCCUUGUUACACUCCUCGGUCAUGAUAACUGGGUACGAGGUGUAGUUUUUCAUCCAGGAGGCAAGUUUCUUAUAAGUGCCUCAGAUGACAAGACUUUAAGAGUGUGGGAUCUCCGCAACAAGCGUUGUUCGAAGAAGCUUGAUGCUCACACACAUUUCUGCACAUCUGUUGAUUUCCACAAGACGCACCCUUAUGUGGUGACUGGUAGUGUUGACCAAACAGUAAAAGUGUGGGAGUGCCGCUAAAGUCUAGUUCUGUGCAACACUGCAGGCAUCCAACCAUGUCAAUCUUGUUGUAAUUAUUAUUUACUUAUCAUGCAGUCCAUCUGUGUUUCAACUAAUUUAUACAUCAGAUAUUUUAUAAUAUGUUUACUUUUGUGUCCCUCCCCCUUUCUCCCUGCCUCUGUGCAACAACUGUACUAGUAUGUGUGUGUAAAGUAUGUAUGUAAUGUAUGUAUGAUUAUUUGUGUGAUUGUGAGUGUGUUGCUGUUGCGGCUAGUAGGCUUUGAUGGGCAUGUAGACAGUGAAGAGAACCAGUGACCUUUCUUGUUUUUGCAAAUUGCAUUAUUAUGUACAUAAUAACUUGAAUUUCUAUCCACUUCAAAGUAUUGACUCAAAAUUAUGAUUAAAGAUGCUAUAAAUUUGUGAAAUAAUGAUUAAAAAUUGUGGCUUUGUACAUGGUAUGGAAUGUAAAUGAACUGUGCUUUCUAUUGAAGAAAACACUGGGUUGCAUCAUUUUAUGAAAUGAGGUAACUUUAGAAACAUUGUUGAUAUUGUUUUUAAGUGUAAACAAUGACUUUCAUGCCUCUUUUUUUUUCUGCACUCUUGUGGUAGAAAAUGUAGAUCAAGGUUGUAAAACUCCCUGAGAGUUAUUUGUGCAAUUUAUGCACCUGGUCUCCAAGCAGGACAAGUUUUGUUCUGCUCUGAGAUGAUGUGCAUCACCAAUUUGCUGAUGAUUUCCUAUGCUUUUGCCAACAUUCUUGACCUUCAUUUCCAGCAUAUGCUUUAGGAAAAGUGAUAUUGAGGCUAAUUUAUAUUUAGGCAUACCAAUUUUGUGGCAUAAGUGACAGUGGGGUUGUCCUUAAACAGAUACAUCCAACCCUGAAUGAUAAACUUCUGAAAUAAACUCAAAAACAAAAGCA